AUGUCGGAUCAGAGGUUGACGCGUAUCGCUAUUGUGAGUUCCGAUAAGUGCAAGCCCAAGAAAUGCCGUCAGGAGUGCAAAAAAAGUUGCCCUGUCGUCAAAACAGGUAAACUCUGCAUUGAGGUCACUUCUGCAGCUAAGAUUGCUUUCAUCUCAGAGGAAUUGUGUAUCGGAUGUGGUAUUUGUGUGAAGAAAUGCCCAUUUGAGGCCAUCCAGAUUAUCAAUCUACCAAAAGACCUGGAUAAGGAUACCACCCAUCGUUAUGGUCCUAACACCUUCAAAUUACAUAGAUUACCAGUCCCAAGGCCUGGUCAAGUUCUUGGCUUGGUUGGAACUAAUGGCAUUGGGAAAUCUACUGCUCUUAAAGUUUUGGCUGGGAAACUGAAACCUAAUUUGGGCCGCUUUACAAACCCUCCCGAUUGGCAGGAAAUUCUGACCUAUUUUAGAGGAUCUGAGCUGCAAAACUACUUUACUCGUAUCCUUGAAGAUAAUCUAAAGGCAAUUAUCAAGCCCCAGUAUGUCGACCACAUCCCGAAAGCUGUGCAGGGUAAUGUUGGGCAAGUUCUCUCGCAGAAAGAUGAGAGAGACAUGAAAGAAGAACUUGGUAUUGAUCUUGAGUUGAGUCAGGUUAUGGACCGCAAUGUGGGAGAUUUAUCCGGUGGGGAACUUCAGAGAUUUGCAAUAGCUGUUGUUGCCAUACAGAAUGCUGAGAUAUUUAUGUUUGAUGAGCCUUCGAGCUAUCUUGAUGUGAAACAGAGGCUCAAAGCUGCCAAAGUCAUCAGAUCUUUACUUAGGCCUAAUAGCUUUGUGAUCGUUGUGGAGCAUGAUCUUAGUGUGCUCGAUUAUUUAUCGGACUUCAUCUGCUGCCUUUAUGGGAAACCUGGUGUAUACGGGGUGGUAACCCUUCCAUUCUCGGUCAGGGAAGGAAUUAAUAUAUUUCUGGAAGGAUUUGUGCCAACCGAGAAUUUACGAUUUCGAGAUGAAUCUCUAACUUUUAAGGUUGCGGAGACACCGCAGGAAAGUGCUGAGGAAAUUGAGACGUAUGCAAGGUAUAGGUACCCUACAAUGACUAAAACUCAAGGAAAUUUCAAGCUUAAGGUCAUGGAGGGUGAAUUUACUGAUUCACAAAUUGUUGUGAUGCUUGGUGAAAAUGGGACGGGAAAGACGACCUUUAUACGGAUGCUGGCUGGUCUUUUGAAGCCUGAUUUAGUGGAAGGAUCUGAUGUUGAAAUACCGGAAUUCAAUGUCUCUUACAAGCCACAGAAAAUCAGUCCUAAGUUCCAGUCAACUGUUAGAAUGCUUUUACAUCAGAAAAUCCGUGAUUCGUAUAUGCAUCCUCAGUUUGUAUCAGAUGUGAUGAAGCCUCUCUUAAUUGAGCAACUAAUGGAUCAAGAGGUUGUGAAUCUCUCUGGUGGAGAAUUGCAAAGAGUUGCCCUUACUCUUUGUCUUGGAAAGCCGGCUGACAUUUAUUUAAUAGACGAACCAAGUGCCUAUCUCGACUCAGAGCAGCGUAUUGUUGCUUCAAAAGUCAUAAAGAGGUUCAUACUUCACGCCAAAAAGACCGCAUUCGUUGUCGAGCACGACUUCAUUAUGGCCACAUACCUUGCUGAUAGGGUAAUCGUUUACGAAGGGAAGCCAUCCGUGGAUUGUACUGCCAAUCCACCUCAAUCACUUUUGACUGGGAUGAACCUGUUCUUAUCCCAUCUGGAUAUUACAUUUAGAAGGGACCCAACAAAUUAUCGCCCUCGAAUCAACAAACUAGAGUCAACCAAGGACCGAGAGCAGAAGGCCGCUGGAUCUUAUUAUUAUUUGGACGAUUAA